AUGGCAACGAAGCACCACCCCAACCUGGUGCGCCUGCUGGGCUUUUCCCUUGGGAUCUCUGGCAGGAGAAGGCCGGAGCAAAUCCUCAUCUACGAGCUCAUGCCCAACGGGGACCUCUCGCAAUGGAUCGGAAAAGGUGUGCAAUCUAACACGUGCACUGCCAAAAUGUCCCCCACCUAUCUGGCCUUGCAGGUGUGCCUCUUCAUACAGGUCUCAUUUUCUACUUCUCAGUAUCUCCUCUCUCCACCCCUCCGUUCCCAUCCCCUGCAGGGCUUUGGCAUUGUCAUGCUUGAGGUGAUGACAGGCCGCCAUGUCGCCACCAAUUCUCUCGUUGUUCCCUCCGAUGAAGAGGCGGGCCAACAACUGCACAUUCUUUCUUGGGUCCAGCAGCAGCUGGCUCAAUAUGGCGGCAGCGAGGCAGUGGCAUGGCUAAAGGACGCGCGCAUGGAGGCGCGGGAUGAGUUGGUGUUGAGGGUGGUGCAGCUGGCACUGCGAUGCACCGCCAUGCCGACCGCCAUGCGGCCGGCCAUGACAGAGAUUGCAGCCGAGCUGGAUGCUGUGCUGGUGGAAGUGGGCGGCAAACGCAUCAACUCCGCCGCCCAUCAGGUGGAUCAGGAAAUGGAGUUGCAGAGCUUGUCUGCUCCGACUGAGCUCACUCACCCACCAGAGGUCAUGGCUUUCCGCGGCACAGCCGUCACGCCGUCCUCCUGCCGCGAUCCGCCUAUUGCACGAUUCUGCCCGCACGCGCAAUAG